UUAAUUCAACUUCCCUUUUUUCAAAGGUCCCAUUGUCGGACAUGUUCUGCAGCAGUGUGUGUUACUUGUCAUGUGGUAGUUAAUAAUGCUAUCAAGGUGUGUACAAGAUGUCUUCUUAAACAAAAAGAGGAUGAGCUGAGUACACAGAAAGCUCUCUCAGCUAUUGAAGAGGCCAGAACUGGAAGAGGUGAUUCCAUGUCUUCUGUGAGAUCAGAUACAUUUGUAGUUGUACCUUCAGUCAGUCGUCUAACCCCAGAGCAAAAGAAAGAGUCCUUGUUUGAAGCUGCCAAGAUAGGGGAUCACUACUCAAUGGUUACUCUUCUGAAUGACAAUGUUGAUGUGAAUAUUAGGGAUACAGACAAGAACACUCCUUUAUUUUUUGCGGCAGAAGGUGGACAUCUUCCAUGUGUGGCUCUUUUAAUGGAACGGAAUGCAGAUGUAACAGCAAUAAACAAUAAAUCUUGGACCCCUCUUCAUGCAUUAGCUUGGAAAGGUUCAAGUGAUAGCCAUGUCGAGAGUGGUGAACUUCUUAUUCAGAUGGGUGUUCCCAUUUUUGCCUUGACAGAUACAGUAGAGACUGCUGCUGACCUUGCAGCUCGUUCUGGUGGCAAGCAGGAACUGGUGCAGCUAUUGAGAGCUGUAGAAGUGGAUGUUGCAGUACAGAAAUUACAAGAGAAGCUACAAAGCCCUUCAGGUUUGCCGACCAAGGAUCCAAUGUUGAAGCUGUACGUUGCUACAGUGGUGAGACAUAUCACAGAAAACAUGCCGCCGGACAGUCCUAAGACGAAAGGCAAUGAGGUAAAGAGUCUACGAUCCUUAAAGACACCAGAGCUGAUGAGAAGGGUUCAAGAUAUGACUAAAUCCCUCGAUAGGGGACUCCGUAAGCACAACUCCUGUGAAGAACUCAGAUCUGAAACCACUGUUCCAGGCACCUGGCUUUUCGGUACCAGUUCCCCAUCAGCCAACAUUCCAAGAGCUGACGUUGAACCAGUUAUCAGACCGGAUUUGUUACCUUCAGUGAUGGUCAACCCAUCAAGACUCGAGGAGAGAUUGGUAAAAUGUCAAGCGGAGAAAGACGACGCAGAACAGCGCUGUAAAAGACUAAUGCAGUCUAUAGCUAGUGCAGCUGAGGCGCACGAAAAGGAGGUCUCAAGAUUGCAGCAGGAAAUAGAUAUUGCGAGAGAACAGAAGGACAUUGCUAUUAAACGGUGCGAAGCCACGUUUGUCAACAAAAUGGCGAAAAUUCGGCAAGAAACGGAGGCAGCUAUCCAUGAGGCAAACGCACGGCUUAAUCAAGCAGAGAGGGACCGGGCCGAGGUACUCCAUCUUCAGAAUACAUUCAGAUUAUCGUGGGUCCCGGAUGAGCUUGUCAACUACUGUUCCAACAACAAGUGUCGAGCACCCUUCACACAGACAAGAAGACGCCAUCACUGUCGAUGUUGCGGUCGUGUUUUCUGUCACAACUGCACGGAUCAGUCAACGCCAAUUCCAGCCUUUGGUUAUUAUCAACUUGUAAGAGUGUGUAAUCCCUGCUACGCUCUGAUAGAUGACAUGUUCUGUGAGGAGCCAGUUGUUUCUACAGGCGCCACGUGACAAGAGGGUUGGACAGCGUCGAAUAACUUGACUACCNCGUACUUAGAUUCAAAAUCAAACGGAAAACCAAGUAUCGUGCUCGAAAAUCUUCGUAACAAUACUAGAUGAGCUUCCGAGCCUUAUUCUCGAAUCACAGUACUUGAGAGUACUAGCUGCUUUAACUUGACAUCAUACGUUUACGUUAUUAGUUGCCUAGCAACGUCUUGGGUAAAUACCACCGCUUCAGUUGGUUCUUCAGACUGAAUCAUAUUCAAAACAGCAACUUGUUUGGGACCCAGCUUUUAUUAUAAAUAAGGACGAGAGAAUGGAUGUGUAAAAAUUGGAAAGAUGCUCUAAGAGCACAAACUCUAAGUUUAUUAUUCCAUCAAGUUUCACUCAACACGUUAGUCUUUGUAGUGUAGAGGUUUCAAUUUAGGUAACACAACGGAAUCAAGAAUCGCGCAAUUUGACAUGAA